CUUUGACCAGAGACUCCUUUUAAUCAAUUAACAACGCCUCUCUCUCUCUCUGUUCUCGGUCUGUGAUGGUCUUUGAGACAUGGCCGUGGAGUUCAUGAUGGAGUAUAGGAACAAGAACAAUUUCAGAGCGCAAAUGGAAGAGAACGCUGUGCAGGAAGCAGCGUCUGGGCUCGAGAGCGUGGAGAAGCUGAUCAGAUUGCUUUCUCAGAGUCAGCAGCAACAGCAACAGCAACAGCAAUACCAGUCGUCAUCAUCCAGUUGUUCGAAACCGUCCAUGGAAAUGGAGGCCGUGGCGGACGUCGCCGUUUCAAAGUUCAAGAAGGUUAUUUCUCUUCUGGGUCGGACCAGGACCGGCCAUGCUCGCUUCAGAAGAGGUCCUUUGGGUUCUCAAAGCCAAGAGAAAGAGAAGCCCACAGCUUCUGAGCCCACCAGAGUCUACUACGCAACCCCGAUCCAGCAGAUCCCACCUCUCUCUCACCACCACAACACCAAUCAAUACCAAUACGGCGAGUCGUUUGUGCCCAAGAAUGGUGUCGUUGAGAGGAAGGACUCGUCAACGACAAUUAAUUUCUCGUAUUCCUCUGCGGCGACCUCCUUCAUGUCGUCUUUGACGGGAGACACCGACAGCAAGCAGCCUUCGUCGUCUUCCGCCUUCCAAAUCACAAAUCUUUCCCAGGUUUCCUCAGUCGGAAAACCGCCUUUGUCUUCGUCCUCUCUGAAGAGGAAGUGUAGCUCCGACAACUUGGGUUCCGGCAAGUGCGCUGGCUCCUCUGGCCGCUGCCAUUGUUCCAAGAAAAGCAGAAAAAUGAGGUUGAAGAGGGUGGUGAGGGUUCCAGCGAUUAGCUUGAAGAUGGCUGAUAUUCCACCAGACGAUUAUUCUUGGAGGAAGUACGGACAGAAGCCGAUUAAGGGCUCUCCGCAUCCAAGGGGUUACUACAAGUGUAGCAGCGUGAGAGGGUGCCCAGCACGUAAACACGUGGAGAGAGCUCUGGAUGAUCCGGCUAUGCUAGUGGUGACCUACGAGGGCGAACACAACCACUCACUUUCUCUUGCAGAGGCAUCCAAUCUUAUCCUUGAGUCGUCUUAAGAUAAUCAGCUUCCAUCAGAAAGAUCAAUCACAAUGCUGCAGAGAACAGUAGUAGUUGUAGCAGCACUAGCUGGCUGAGUCAGAACCAACUCAAUCUCGAAGGAGAUUAGUGGGUUAGUUCACUGCCUGUAAUAUAUUGGAUUCCUCUCUCUCUCUCUUGCUCUCUCUCUCUCUCACUCAUAAACGCUGUGGAAUCAUUUUAGAAGAGAAAAAGGAGAAGAUGGUGGAUUUGGUAAUAGAUUUCAGUAUGAAAAGAAGAAAAAAAAAGUGGGUUCUAUUCUA